UGUGUGAACAUUUGUCUCCCUUCCUUCCUGAAUAAAGUUAUUGAAACCUGCCUCUUCUAACAUGGCGGCUCCCGUUGCGCCCUUGGUUCCUUUACGCAGUUUUUUGACAGCAUACCGAAGGCUGCAGUAUAAAGCCCAGUGUGCUCAGCUGGCACGGCGUACGGUGCCCUGUCUAUGGAGUAGUGCGGCGGCUCCUAUAAGCCAGUUAACGGAGUCCAACUGUGAAAUAAACACUAAUUGUAACCUGUUUAAAGAAUGCACUGGGCCUCUUCAACAUUAUGACCUUCUAGUGAAGGACGGUGUGCUAAGGAAAGAUGAGCACCAACGAAGAGUCAUGCAGGAGUUGCAGAGUCUUCAUGAGGCUCUCCGAGGGUACGUGAAGGAAUCCAAAGGAGUUUUAGCAAAGUUUUUCACUCGAAGGAAACCUCAGAAAGGGUUGUAUGUCUUUGGAGAUGUGGGCACUGGCAAGACUAUGGUAAUGGACAUGUUUUUUGCACAUGUUGAAGUUGAGAGGAAAAUGAGAGUGCACUUCCAUGGAUUUAUGCUUGACGUACAUGAAAGAAUACACAGACUUAAAAAAACCUUACCAAAAAGAAAAGUGGGAUUUAUGGCUAAAACAUAUGAUCCCAUUGCCCCAAUAGCUGAAGAAAUAAGUGAAGAAGCCUGUCUUCUAUGCUUUGAUGAGUUUCAGGUGACAGAUAUUGCUGAUGCCAUGAUCCUAAAGCAACUUUUUGAAAAUCUCUUUCAAAAUGGAGUUGUUGUUGUAGCAACAUCAAACAGACCACCAGAUGACCUUUAUAAGAAUGGACUUCAGAGGGUUAACUUUGUGCCCUUCAUUGCUGUUUUAAAGGAAUACUGCAACACGGUUCAACUGGACUCUGGCAUAGACUACAGGAAACGCGUUCUCUCUGCUGCUGGUAAAAUAUAUUUCCUCACAAGUGAGGCUGAUGUGGAGGCUGUCAUGGAUAAGUUGUUUGAUGAGCUGGCUCAGAAACAAAAUGAUGUAACAAGACCAAGGAUUCUGAAAGUGCAGGGCAGGGAGCUGAAGCUGUGCAAAGCCUGUGGAUCCAUUGCUGACUGCACAUUUGAGGAACUCUGUGACCGUCCUCUGGGUGCCAGUGAUUAUUUGGAGAUAUGCAAACAUUUUGACACCGUUUUUAUACGACAUAUCCCACAGCUAGAUAUGACGAAGCGCUCCCAGGCUCGCAGGUUCAUUACUCUCAUAGAUGCCUUCUAUGAUCAUAAGGUGCGGGUUGUUUGCUUGGCAGAAACUCCUUUGCAAAGCUUAUUCAUGCAAAAGCUUCAAGAUGCUGUAAAUGUAGAGUCGAGAGUACUCCUUGAUGACCUUGAAAUUAAUCAGGAUUCGUCUGGCGGAUUGUCCAUGUUUACAGGUGAAGAAGAAGUUUUUGCUUUUCAGCGUACUUUAUCGCGACUUACUGAAAUGCAGACAGACCAGUACUGGAGAGAUGGAGACAGAAGUUCGGAUUAGUGCCAAACCAUGCAUAUAUAGCACACUACAUCACUUUAUUUGAGGUGACAUUUCUUCUGAAGUGUCCUCUCCAAGACUGCAUACCAUUCUCAGGACCAUUAUUAACAUAAAUCUCUUUUAUUUUCUUACAGAAGGAUGUAUAUCCUUGUUGUUUUUAUUGCCAUAUGAUGCCCACUUCUACCAGUCACUACGUACAUAUUUAUAAUUAUGCAUUAUAUGGUUGUGUCUUCCAGGGUACCAAGAUGGUACUAGUGCCAAAUAGUGCCAGCUGUACCAUCACUUACAGAAUAUCUGUAACAGACUAUGGAAAUAUAAGCUCCAUUUAGUGCAGUCAUGAAAGGCAACUAUCUAAAGAGGAUGAAUGAUUAAAAUAUGAGUAAGGAAUAUACUUAUCAAUAUAUUUAUAAUGUGUGUCUUAAUAUGUUUUACUGGGCAUAUGUCACAGUACUGAAGGUUCCAGUCUCUAAGAUUAUAGCAGCCAGGAAAGGGUUGACUGCCAAAGUGAGCACUGGUAACCGAAUGGGAUGCUUAGAAUUGUUAGCACCAGCAAACACUGUAUGUGCUAAAUGGAACUACUGUAUGUGUUAUUAUAGGUCAGUAAUUGAUAAGGAUAUUUUAACAAUGUAUUAGAACAACCAAAUAUUACUCCAUGAUGCAACAUUUCUUUUUAGGCAUAGUCAAGAUUCCUGAUUUUAUUUUUUUAUUCUGCCGUGCAUGUUAACAUUAAUAUAAUUCAUCUCUGUUAUUAUCUUUAAAGUGUUGUUCAGUAAUCAAACUGCCUUCAUGUAACCCACACAAACAGGAGCAUUCUAUGCAUUAGGCUGCUAAACAGAGGCAUUAUGUAAAUUGUCUCAAUUCAGUUAUUUCCUAUUUUAUGCCUUAUUUUUAGAUGUUUUAUUUUUUAAAUAUGUAGACAAAGUAGUGCUUCAGCUCACCUCCUAUGCCAGCACCCUGCGCACGGAACGGUGCCAACCAACACCAAGGAAGCAGUAAAUGAAAUAGAAGUCCAGCGCAGAUUCUUGUGCAAAUAAAAGCUAAAUCUUUAUUCCACCACGACAGAACACGAUUAGUGACGCGUUUCAGCCGGUCUUUCCAGGACGUUUUUUCCUGGAUUACUGCGGAUGUCACCACAUUGUAUUUUGUUAUUCCACAUGAUAAAGCCAUCGUUGCACUUAGAUGGUUUUUGAGUGUAUAUUCUCAAUACCCCAGUGACCUGCAUGAAUAUCUUAUUUUAUGUGUCAAAUAUUUGCUUACUCAUAAUUCUUUUAUGUUUGACGACGAUACUUCCUGCAGAUCAGUGGAGCGGCUAUGGGGGCGAAAUUCUCCCCUUCUCUCGCCAACAUUUAUAUGUGUUGGUGGGAGAAGGGGACACUUUUCGCCCCUAAUAACUUCUUUUUUGAUUGCAUUCAAUGGUACGGCCCCUACAUAGACGACCUGCUGUUUAUUUGGGGGUUGAGUGUAGAAGCCGUACAGGCAUUUUUUGCCUACUUGAAUGACAAUCAUUUGGGAUUAAAAUUUACUGUGCAACAUAGUAAGGAAUAUAUUUCCUUCUUAGUUAGAUCUUAACCUUUUCGAUGACAACACACUUGGAAAAAUUGUUACAUCCACAUAUCGCAAAACUACAGCCUCUAAUACUAUUUGGCACUCUGCCUCUUGUCAUCCUGCCCACGUGAUUAGGAACCUUCCUGUGGGAGAGAUGGUAAGAGCCAGAAGAAACUGUUCUUCUAUGUAACUUUUUGAUAGAGGCUGACAAUAUAGAGGCACGCCUUGUCUAUAGGGGUUACCCCAAAUGGAAUAUAAGUAGAGCUAGAUUCCUGGCCAUGAACAAAGAUCAUACAGAAUUGAUUUUUUUCCUCACAUAAAGUUAUGAAAGAAAAAAGUAAUAUUAUUUCUCAGAGGAAACCCAUUAUUUUUGUGACUCAGUACAGUCAGGACUUAAGAACCAUUUGUGGCCUGAUCCAAAAAUACAUGCCUAUUAUUACAGGAGAUCCAUUAUUUGCUUCCGUAUUGGAUGCAGGUUACAAAAGUGUUUCUAAAAAUGCCCCCACAAUCGGGCAAAAGUUGUCACCCAGCUUGUUCAGUAGUCAAACAUCUAAAACAAAAACAUGGCUUGCAACUAAGGGUUCCUACAAGUGUGGCCACAGAAUAUGCAUGUGAUGCAAAGUGAUGUACAAUACCACUGAAUUCACCUCAUAUUCUACAGGCAAAAAUUACAAGAUGCAACAAUACAUCACAUGUAAUUUAUUUGUUUUCAUGCAUACGGUGCAAAGUGCAAUAUGGAGGCUGCACCAUUAAUUCAUUGAAAACUAGAAUUAGAAAGCACAUUUUUAGAUGUUGUUCGAAAUUUCUCUUCCAUUAUCUUACAAUGAAUUAAAAGAGUUAAUCCCCCUAUAAGAGGCGGUAACUAUAGACAAAAAAUACUUAAAGGGAACCAAUCAUCAGAUUUUACCCUAUAUAAGGCUUGGCAAAGCGUUAUAUAGGGUAAAAUUGUUGUCCUCACCAUCCCUGGGGGGACGCUCCUG